AUACUGAUGAAUACAGACCACCUGUUUGGAAAUCUUACUUAUAUCAGUUGCAACAGGAAGCUCCCCACCCUAGAAGGAUAACCUGCACUCGUGAGGUAGAGAACAGACCCAAAUAUUAUGGAAGAGAAUUCCAUGGGAUGAUCUCAAGGGAGGAAGCUGACCAAUUACUAAGUGUGGCAGAGGGAAGCUAUCUCAUUCGUGAAAGCCAAAGGCAACCUGGAACCUACACUUUGGCAUUAAGAUUUGGAAAUCAAACCAGAAACUUCAGACUCUACUACGAUGGAAAGCACUUUGUUGGGGAGAAACGUUUUGAGUCCAUCCAUGACCUCGUGACAGAUGGAUUGAUUACUCUUUAUAUUGAAACGAAGGCAGCUGAAUACAUUGCCAAGAUGACAAUAAAUCCAAUUUAUGAACAUGUAGGAUAUACAACUUUAAACAGAGAGCCAGCACACAAAAGACUUAUGCCAACCCUGAGAGAUGAACAUGAUGGCAAAGAGUCUACAGGAGAGGAUGAGGUAGCAGAAAAAAGG